AUGCGGCCCUCAAUCCUAGUCAUUGCUCUUGCAGCCUCGGUGUCCGCCAUCCACAUCCGUCUGCACGCCGCUGCCGACUGCACAGGUGCAUAUCUCGAGUGCGACAAUGUCGACCCGAUUGUCUGCUGUACCGACAGCAGUGACUGGUGGUUAGCAGCUCGAUUCUUUGCGAUUCCUCGAGGUUGGACUCUCCGAACCGAGGUCUUCACCGGUCGUGACUGCGGAAAAUUGCUGGAAUCGUGGACUGCAACAAACAACCGAGAUAAGUGCAUGGGCGGUAUGGCCACUCAAGGUAGUGCAGUUCAAGCGGGACUCUACCAUUUCGCGUCAGUAAAGGGAGCUGUAGACGAACAAUCUCCCGCAGAAACCGGCUGCACCCCUCAGAAGCCUAAUGUUUUGGCUCUUGAAGAUGGUCAGAGGUACAACAUCUCCGGAAUGAACGAUAGUCAGCUCCAGCCGCUUCUUAAGCUUGCUGUCGGUGGUGCGGCAAUUGACGGCAUCCCAGCAAUUUACGGUAGCUUCGUGAUUUGA